AUGUUCCUUGACAAAGGUGGUUUUCCAUGUAUAGCUGGCUGUAUUGUUGGCACGUUAGUAAAUAUUGAUGCACCAAGUAUAAACGAAGAACAAUUUAUAGAUAGACAUGGCAAACAUUCAAUCAAUGUGACAAUGGUUUGUGGUCCAAACCAUGUAUUUUAUGCAUUAUAUGCAAAGUGGCCUGGAAGCGUACACGAUGCCAGAGUAUUAAGAAACACUAGUAUAUUUGUUACUUUUGAGAGUGGUUGGCAACCAUUUCCUGGGGCAGUCCUAUUAGGAGAUAAUGCAUAUGCAUUGAAAGAAUGGCUUAUUCCGCCACGUCAUCAAAACUCGAAUGAUGAAAUCGAACAACGGUUCAACCGCAAACACAAAUUUACACGUCGAUUAAUAGAGUGUAGUUGUGGAAUUCUUAAAGAAAGAUUUCCAUGUUUGAACUAUUGUUUGUAG